CGCGUCCUCCCGCUGUCAUCACGCAAGCCACCACCCCCCUGCAGUAUAAACAGCAACACAGCGAGAGGGUGAAAAAAUACGGAAAAAAGCGACGCUUCGUGUUUUGAGUUGAAAAAGUCAGAGGAAAAAGUGCAUUUUCUGUGCUAAAUAACCGGAUUUCCCUCCGAAAAGUGUGCGCCACAGUUCGUUAGCGAUGAGAAAGGAAAAUUUGAAGCGCAAAGGCGUCGACGACGGCGACAAUUCCGGCGAGGAGAAUGACGACACGACCCUGCCGGCCGGUGGAGAGGGGGCUGCGGGAACGGAUCUAACUGGCGACGAUAGUGCCGACGCUGGGGCAGAUUCUCCGUCGCAGGAUGGCGCCAAGGACGACGAUGAGGAUGAGGGUGGAAAGGGUGCGACGGCGGCGGACACGGCCACCGAAGAGAACGGCGACUCGAAGGAGGCCGCCUCGGACAACGAGCAGUUUGAGGACGCGGAAACCGGGGACAAAGCGGCCAAGUCGAAUGGCGGCGGCGGUGGCCAAGAGUCGACCGAGGAGGAAAUAAUCGGCGAAGGCGAUAAGAAGGUUAGCCGGGGCCGUGGGAAGCCACCGAAGAAGGCCAUCACCCAGGAGCAGACAGCAAAUGGCGACGACGACGCCGAGAAGGAGAAGGAAAAUGGUGGCGGUAAAACAUCCGACGACGAGGGUGAGGGGGAUGAGGAAGAGGACGACGAUGAGGAGGAUGCCGGCGGAAAGGAUGACGACGAUUCGGAUUAUGGAAGCUCGAAGCCGAAAAAGGCCAAGAAGGCGGCGGCAGGCAAGCGCGGCGCCAAGAAGAAGGCCGGCAGAAAACCCGCCGCGGCCAAGGCCAAGGGCCGCCCGGGCCGGAAGGCCAAAAAGCAGGAAAGUGAAGACGAAGAAGAAGAGGAGGAAGACGAGGAGUACGAGGUGCAGGACAUUAUCGACCACCGCAAGGAGCGCGGCGGCAAGAUUGUGUACCGGAUUCGCUGGAAGAAUUACGGCGCCUCGGACGACACCUGGGAGCCGGAAGCGACGCUGUCCUGUCCGGACAUUAUCAAGCGGUACAAGGCCAAGUGCGAGAAGGACGACGAAGCACCGCUGGCCAAGAAGGGCAAACCGACGCCGACCAAGGGAAAGAAGGGAGGGCCCGGAAGGAAACCCGCUGCAGUUGCUGCUGCCGGCGGACGUGGCCGUGGACGUCCCGGAGCGAAGAAGGCAAAGGACGACGAGGAUGAAGACGAGGAGGGCGAUGAUGAGGAGGAGACCGAGGCGGAGUACGAGGUCGAACGAAUCAUCGACGUGCACUUUAAGCGUAACGGCGUGCGCGAGUAUCUCGUCAGAUGGAAGGGCUUCGGCGCCAAGGACGACACCUGGGAACCGGCCGACAAUCUCAGCUGUCCGGAUUUGAUCGAGAAGUUUAACGAAAAGCUGGACAAAACCAAGAGCACGGGCGCCAAGGAGCUGCGAGUGAACCGGAAGCACACCGAGCGGCUCACGCUGGUCGAGAAGGGCCGCAAGACGUCCAGGCGCAACGCCAACAAGGGCCGCGUCUCCUACUACGAUGGCGAGUAAAGGCGCGGGAGCGGCCACAUUUUGCACGUGUCUCGUCGAUUUCCUGCCCGCCACCUUCACACCCAUAUUGAGAUGAAUCAGAAACAAUUAUUGCAAUCAAUAUUUGAGGAAAAUAUUACACACACAGACAGACAGACACAACACCUACCCGAUUGCAUUUUACACGUACGUAGAGGACGAUUGAUGUUUAAUACUGAACGAUGUGCAUCUACUUCUUACGCUAGUUUUAAACGUAAAAAACAAAACAAAAAAACACAUUUUCGGUUAUUAUUUUUCGUCACACGUGACGAUAAUAUAUAUUUGUCGUGUCUAGCCAGUAGAGAAAAGAUGGAAACUAUCAUAUUUGAAGAGAUAAAAUAAAAACCAGCGGAAUGAAAAAGGACAAAAUUUUGAAUUAGUGUAUUUGGGUUUGGAUAAGUGAAAAAAAAAACAACAAAAAAACUAUUUGUAUUAAUUACAGAAAGAUAAUAAUAAACUACAACUUAGUAACUAG